AUGGGAACCGAGACACCAAACCGACCGCCACUACUAGUUCUGGCAGCGAUAGCACAAUUGAGACUGGGGACCUCUGGGGACGGGCAAGUCCACUCUCGCCUAUGGAAUCAUCAACGGCAUGUUCUAGGCUUGCUGUAUGGCCUGGUGAUCACGCUCACUUCGGCGACAGGGCACCCUUUCAUGGAUGGUAACAAGCGGACUGCCUUUUUCCUGGGUACCGCAUAUUUGCGCGCUCAAGGCCUGCCCGGCUGGGUCGAUGACCUACAAUUUCGCAAAGAUGUAUUCGCCGCAGCAGAUCGUUUUAUUGAUGCGGCGACUGGAAAGCUCGAUGUUGAAGGGCUGGCAGGCGGACGGGUUUGA